UAAACACAAAAGGUACGGGUGUGAACUCUGGGGGAGGUACGGAGGCAAUGGGUGUACGGAGGUAAGCUUUUGCUACGACUCGAGGUGGAAAAAAAAACAAACUGGCCAACAGGUCAAAGAUAGCCGUUAGAGAAAGUAUCAAGGAUGUCCAGCACUACAGAAUUGAGUUUGAGAGACAGGCAGAUAGGCAAUUUGGAGCGGAUGCUCCAUUUGAAUAAAGAAGGAACUGCUGAUUUAACAUUAGCGUCGAAGAAUGAAGAAAUAAUUUGGAAAGUAUUGAUUUUAGAUCAAAAAUCAAGAGCUAUAAUAUCGUCAGUGUUGAGGGUGAAUGAUCUUUUAAGGUGCGGAAUCACAAUUCAUCCGUUGAUUAGUAGUAGAAGAUCACCAUUGCCAGAUGUCCCAGUAAUUUACUUUGUUGAACCAACAAUUGAGAAUAUCUUAUUAAUUAUUGAUGAUUUAAAUAAUGACAAAUAUGAAGAUUUUUACAUCAACUUUACUUCUACCUUGAAUCGAGAAUUAUUAGAAGAAUUUGCUAAAAGAGUAUCACUUUCUGGGAAAUCAAAUAAGAUUAAACAAGUUUAUGACCAAUAUUUAGAUUUUAUAGUAACUGAACCCAAUUUAUUCUCAUUAGAUUCUCCAUUAAUUUUUUCAAAAUUUAAUAAUCCUUCAACUAAUGAAGAUGAAAUUCAUAAAAUAGCUGAUAAAAUUGCUGAUGGAUUAUUAGCUACAAUAAUUACUUUAGGUAAUAUACCAAUCAUAAGAUGUCCAAGAAAUGGUCCUGCAGAAUUAGUAUCAGGACAAUUAGAUUCAAAACUAAGAGAUUAUUUAAGUAAUUCAAGAAAUUAUCAAUCAAUUCAACAAAGACCAGUAUUAAUAAUUUUAGAUAGAAAUAUUGACUUAGCAUCAAUGUUUUCCCACUCUUGGAUUUACCAAUGUAUGGUGAGUGAUGUCUUUGAAUUGAAAAGAAAUACAAUUAAAAUUAACGAUGAUAAAACUAAAAGUUAUGACGUCGAUCCAAAAGAUUUUUUUUGGAAUAAAAAUUCUCAAUUACCUUUCCCCGAUGCAGUUGAAAGUGCUGAUACUGAACUUCAACUUUAUAAAAAAGAUGCUCAAGAAUUAACUAAUAGAACCGGUAUAACAUCUUUACAAGAUAUUGACCCUAAUUCAAAUAAUACUACUAAUAUUCAACAAGCAGUUGAUGCUUUGCCAGAAUUGACCGCUAGAAAAACUACUUUAGAUAUGCAUAUGGAUGUUUUAGCUUCCUUAUUAAAAGAAUUAGAAGCUAAAUCUUUGGAUAAAUUCUUUGAAAUUGAACAAAAUUUUAAUGAUCCAAAAAUUCAAAAUCAAUUUUUAGAAAUCUUGAAAACUGAUUCUAAAAAGGAUAACUCAAUUGAUAAAUUAAGAACUUUCUUAAUUUUGAAUCUUUUAUGUGAUAACUUAUCUUCACAAUUCAUAAAUCAAUGUAAAGAAAUUUUUUCUUCAAAAUAUCCUGAUCUUAAUAUGAAUGGGUUUAAUUAUAUCUUGAAAUUCAAAGAAAUUUUAAAUUUAUCUAAAAACAUCUCUUUGACUGAUAAUACUAAUCAUACGUCUUCUUUAGAAGAUAAUUCAGCUCUAUUUAAUGGGUUAUCGUCUAAAUUAUACGGGUUAACUGAAGGUAGAAUUACUGAAGGUUUAAGUUCUUUAGCAACUGGUUUGAAAAAAUUAUUACCUGAUAAACAAAAUUUACCAAUAACUAAUGUUGUGGAAGCAAUAAUGGAUCCUAAUAAUGCUUCAAAUAAUUCCAUUCAAUUAACUGAUGACUAUUUAUAUCUAGAUCCUAAAUCAAGAGGUGGCCAUUCGAAACCUCCUAAAAGACAAUCUUAUUCAGAAUCCAUUGUUUUCGUAAUUGGUGGUGGUAAUUAUUUGGAAUAUCAAAAUUUAACUGAAUGGUCAAAUCAACCAAAUAGAACUAAAAAAUCAAUCAUAUAUGGUAGUACUGAUAUUGUUACUGCAAAUGAAUUUUUAAAUGAAAUUUCAAAUUUAGGUAGUUUGGAAUAA